GAUUUGAAAUUUGAAUUUCGAAAUUUGGAAUGUUUGCGGUGUUUCCGAUUUUAUUUCGGAUUUUAUUUAAAGAAUAUUUUCAAAAUAUUAAUAACUAUUUUUGUUUUAAAGAAUUAAAUUAACACAAAAUUAUAAAAUGCAACGGUUAACAGCGCAGGAACACGUAAAUUUAACAGAAAGUAUAUUAAAAACUUUCAGUCAAAAUCGCAUCACAACUUUAUUAGAUUUUCUUCAAGAAGAUGUUCAAAAGUUAUCAACAUUAAGCAAAUUAAGCUUACCACAAAUUUUAGAAAUAAGGAACCAUAUUCUAGUAAAAUAUUCAGCACCAUUAAUAAAUGGUACAAGUUUAUUCAUUAAUAGAUUAACUUGUAAACAGUUUAUUAGCACUGGAAUGAAUAGUUUGGAUGCAAUUUUGUGUAAUGGAAUUCCAAUUGGAUAUAUUACUGAAAUAUGUGGACUUGCUGGCUGCGGUAAAUCACAAUUAUGCAUGCAACUUGCUACUAACUGCGUCCAAAACACCAGUACUUCUGUUCUUUACAUUGAUACAAAAGGUGAUUUUUCUGCUGUAAGAAUUCAGAAAAUUUUAGCUUCAUGUGGGUUUUCGUAUAAGGACAUGGCAUCUAUUAUGUUAAAAAUAAAAAUCAUCCACAUUUGGAAUAUGGAAGAUCUAGUAAAGUUGUUUGAGAAACUUAAAAGUGGUGUUCUUAUUAUAGAAAAUUUGUCACUAGUUAUUAUAGAUUCAUUACCAAGUCUUAUGUUUCAACACUUUGGUGACGACAAUAAAAUAGGAUUAAAAUUGCUAAACUGUUUUGUGAACUACGCAAGAAGCAUAAGCAAAGAAAUGGAAAUAGCAAUUGUUUGUGUUAAUAUUCAGACUCGAUGGAUUGAUCACGAUGUUGUAGACCUUGAAGAUGAGGACCGGGCAGGAGAAACAACAUACACUGAGAAAUGGAAUAGAUGCUUGGGAAAGUAUUGGCAAAAUAUCCCUUUUAUAGUGCUCUUUCUGGAAAAACAACAAAUCUCUAAUAAAAACAACUGUUUUACAAUAAAAAUUACGGUUGUGAGACAUAACAAUCCUCAGAUUAAUAAAAAUUGUAUGUUGGAAAUUAGUUCAUGUGGAAUUAGAUAAUAAUUAUACUGAGAAAUUAUAA